AACAUUGCAUUUAUUCUGAUAGCAGUCUGGAAUGAACGUUCUCAAGUCCACAAACAUGGCAUCCGUCGCGGCUCUCGUCAGCGGAAUCUCCGCUAUUGACUUUAACUUUACAAAGCAAAAAAUGGAUAUUAGUGAAAUCCUCACUUUUCUCAAAAACCAUGGAACAAACAUUCCAAGGAGUGUCGAUGAUCCUUUCUUUGAUGAAGGGAACGAAAUAUGCCGCGUUUACACAAGAGUUGGGAUCGUAGAUGAAGAUGAUGAGUUCUUGUGCCAUGAACAGUUGAAAAUGUUCACAUGUGAAGUUAUCAACUGUUCUGCCAAAUUCGACAACCUCCUCAGCUAUGACAUGCACUACAAUUCUUGUCAUCGGUUCUCUUGUUCGGAAUGCAAAAAACAAUUCAUUUCUCCACACCUCCUUGACUUGCACCUCUCCGAAAUUCACGAUUCGUUUUUCAAAGCUCAAGCUGAGAGAAAACCAAUGUAUGUCUGUUUUGUCGAAUCGUGCAGUGUUGUAAGCAAGGAUGCAAAGGAGCGGAAAAAACACUGCAUAGAAGAGCAUAAAUUCCCACAUGACUUCAAGUUUACAUCAGACCCAAGGACUGCUAAGAAGACGAAGCCCAUGAAGAAAAAGAAGAGUGAGUCGAUGGAAGUGGAAGUGGAAAGUGGCGCCAACCAGAGCCCUCCCAAGCCGGCUCUGCCUUCUUUCACAUUUGGUAAAAGAAGGCCAGCGAAAACGUUCGACAGCCGGAAGCUGAAAGCGGAAACCAACAUUGAAAUGAAAGAACUGUUGGACAACUUGCCAAGUUGACUACUACAUCCUUUCAUUGCAAAUAUUUCAUUUUAAUAUUAGCAAGAUCAAUUUUUUUUUUUUUAAGUAUUACAAAUAAAUAAAAUGACAAAU